AUGAAAUUUACUCAUGAAAAAGCAUUAAAGUUUACAAAGGGAAGCGUUGCUCUAUUAGUUGCAUGGCCACCACCGACGAACACUUCGAGAAAAAAAUUGUUCUUUCUCGAUGUUUAUUUUUCUGCUUCUUUUCUAUGCGCUCAGACGAUGUUACUGUUGUUACUAAAUGGAAUGUACGUUCAUCGCGAUAAUUUCGAGAUAAUGAUGCAGUCAACGUGCAUUGCAAUCGCAAUUAUACAAAUGAGUAUUAAAAUGAUGGCAUGUAGAAUGCAACGUUCGAUUAUAUUAGAAAAAUAUGUGAAAAGAUGUGCGAUACUACACCUAUUCCUUACAUUUGGAUUUUAUUUAGCCGGUACGAAUAUCGUUUUGGGACCAAUAUUCUUAUCACAAUCGUUACCAACUUUUGCCGUUUAUCCUUUCGACACGGAAUCACAUCCCAUUUACGAAAUUAUUUAUUUUCAACAAGCAUUUACUUGUAUACAAGCUUGUACAGGUGCAACGAUUGAUUGCCAGAUCGCACUUUUACUAUGGUUCGCUGGUGCAAGAUUUGAAAUGUUGGAAAUUGAAGUAGCCAAUACCGUCGACGAAUAUGAUCUUAAACGAUGUAUAGUGAAACAUGGUCAAAUACUCAGUUACGCAGGAAAGAUAGUGAAAACUGUGCGUUUUGUGAUUCUUUCCACUGUUUGUAUUACGACCAUAUUAAUAGUGUUUAGCGGACUCUUACUCUUAUUCUCAGAUUCAGUAACGGUCAAAUUUCAAUUUCUCGUAUUGGAUAUUGUCGCUAUUGUUCAAUUAUUUUUGAACUCAUAUCCGGCUGAAAAUUUAAUAGAAAUGAGUACUGCGAUUGGAUCGGCAGCUUAUGAUUUGAAUUGGAUUGAUAAAUCACGAAAAAUAUGGAAAAAUGUAUGCUUUUUAAUUCAAAGAUCUCAAAAACCAAUUACAGUCAGUAUUCCUGGAUUUAUACCUUCAUUGUCUCUAACUUAUUACAUGUCGUUCCUGUCAUCGUCAUUUUCAUACUUCACAACAUUGAGAGCUGCUGUUAAAUAAAACGAUUAAUUAAUAUUUUUUAUUUGUAUAAAGAAGAAUAAGCAUUUGUAGAAAUAAGAAGAAUUAAUUUAAGGAAAAUUAGGAUGGAAAUGUCGAAUAUAGAUGCAAAACAAUGAACGAUUAAUAAAAAGUAUAGAAAAAUCAUUGAAAAUAAUUCCAUUCGCUCAUGAAAAUGUUAAAAUAAGAAAAGAUUAAAAUAAGAAAAAAAAAAAAGAAAAAAAAAAGAAAGAAGAAAGAAUAGAUCUAUAAAUUGAAUUUCACAAAUUCAUCUACUUACUUGCUUUCUAUUCGACGCUUGAUUAUCUAAAAGGUAUGUUUCUUUAGAAGAAAAAAAAAAAAAAAAGAAAAGAAAAACAAGUCCCUCAACUGAUGUCUGCUUUCAAUAAAUGAAAAAAAAAGUUAACACAUUCGUCAUAUACAUACGUGAAGAAAAUUCAUAAUUUGUUCCUCGAUAGCACAAAGAAAUAGAACUAGGGAAAAGAAAAUAAGGGUGGUAGUAUCGAUGCGAAAUAAUGAAUGAUAAUAACGAAGUUAAAGAGAGAAGAAACAAAAAAGAAGAAGAAGAAGAAGAAAAAGAAAAGAAGUAUGAAAACCCUUGAUAACAUAUUCAUACUCUUACGAAAGGGUGUACGGGGAAAAAGUGGGGGGAGGAAGGAAAUAGAGGAAAUAGUAAUCUUCGUAAGAAUGAUGGAAUACGUAACCGUAAGUGCAAAAGAUAUGAAAAAAUAUUUUUCUACGCUUUCCUAUAUUAUUACAAUGCGAACUAUAGAUUUCUAAUCAUAGUUUACGAUGAAGAAAAGAAAAGAAAAGAAAUGAAAAGAAAAAAAGGAAAAAGAAAGAAAGAAAAAAUUAGAAAUUCUUCAAAUGUAUUUUAAACGGUACUCAUUAUUCGAUAAAUAUAAUAUAUCUAAUUGAAUUUCGAUGAAAGGAAAUAAACUUCGGAUAAUAUCAUAGAAACGUUGGACUUAAACCGGCAUUAUGAAGUAAUCGAUGGUAAUAGUCAGGUUGUGAAAGCAACGUUGUAUACAUUAAUUGUCAAAUGAUUGAUUUAUUUAUUUCCCUCGAUCUCCUCGAUACCCGUACACGAACGAACGUCAUUAUUGAGAUUGUAUUUAUGAUAAGUUAUCGAAAGUCACUAAAUUGUAACGAUCUAAUAUCGAGUCAAUGGUUACAAAAGUAUUUCUUACGUACGAUCAAUCUUAUAACAUUAUCGAGUGAAUUUAUUGUUAUAUAUUGUAAUAAAUAAUGAUAUUUGAUAUUACACCGGAAACUGCUUUGAAAUUUACGAAAAUGAGUGUUAUAAUAAUGGGCUGUUGGCCGCCCCCUUUAAACGCAACAAAAAAACAAUUACUCUUGCGUGACAUUUAUUGGUGGACAUCGUUUUUAACCGCUACGUUCUUACUUUUAGCAUUA